AUGGAUGGGAAGGCAGCACCCAACGGCGUGGCCACCAUCGAGGACAGGAUCCUGCGCAUCACCGGCUACUAUGGAUACUACCCGGGAUACUCCAGCCAGAAAAGUGCCUCACGAUCAUCUGUCAUCCAAUGCAAGCCAGGAGGCAACUGCCCCAGCAGACACAGAGGCAUGACUAGGCAGCUCUCCCCUCUAUCUGUUGCUGAAGAUUCUGCUGCUCCCAUUCUUGAGCUGCAGAAUCGAAGUCCCUCGGGAAUCUGUCGGCACAGCAGAGUCGAGAGGCAGAGCAGAUCAGGAGAAGAAGGAACACAAACACACACAGAGAGCAGCAGCCAAGAAGCUGAAGGACAGACACGAUGCCAGUCUUGCACAUCCACAUUUCUCAAGCUAAUCUGGAGAUUCCUGAUAAUUUUGUCCGUCUCUUCCUCCUGGGUUGGGACCACGCAGUUUGUCAAAAUCACUUUUGAGACCUUUGACUGUCCCUUUUUCAUGACUUGGUUCUCAACAAACUGGAACAUUAUGAUUUUUCCCAUUUAUUAUUCUGGGCACCUUGCAACUGCGCAGGAAAAGCAGUCUCCAAUCAAAAAAUUCAGGGAAUGCAGUCGGAUUUUUGGUGAAGAUGGUCUGACGCUGAAACUCUUUCUUAAAAGGACUGCUCCCUUUUCUAUUCUGUGGACUUUGACUAACUACCUGUAUUUACUGGCUUUAAAGAAGCUCACAGCCACAGACGUCUCUGCCCUGUUCUGUUGUAACAAAGCUUUUGUCUUCUUGCUUUCUUGGAUUGUGCUCAAAGACAGGUUCAUGGGAGCAAGGAUAGUGGCAGCAAUAAUGGCAAUCACAGGAAUUGUGAUGAUGGCAUAUGCAGAUGGUUUCCAGGGUGAUUCAAUUAUCGGGGUGGCCUACGCCGUGGGAUCAGCCUCCACAUCUGCACUGUAUAAGGUUUUGUUCAAAAUGUUCCUUGGGAGUGCAAACUUCGGGGAAGCGGCUCAUUUCGUGUCCACCCUGGGCUUCUUCAACUUCAUCUUCAUCUCCAUCACCCCCAUCAUCCUCUACUUCACAAAAGUGGAGUACUGGUACCCCUUCUCUGCCGUGCCCUGGGGUUACCUGUGUGGAGUAGCUGGCCUCUGGUUAGCUUUCAAUAUCCUGGUUAACGUUGGGGUGGUGCUGACCUACCCCAUCCUGAUCUCCAUUGGCACUGUGCUCAGCGUCCCUGGAAAUGCAGCCGUGGACCUGUUGAAGCACAAGAUGAUCUUCAGCGUGGUGCGACUGGGGGCCACCAUCAUCAUCUGCAUCGGCUUCCUGCUCAUGCUGCUGCCCGAGGAGUGGGACGAGAUCACCCUGAGGUUCAUCAACAGCCUGAAGGAGAAGAAGAGCGAGGAUCACUCCGAGGACAUCACGGAAUCCAGUGUCCACACGAGGAGCAGGAGCAGAGCCAACGGGACAGUGUCCAUCCCGCUGGCCUAG